AGGGCGUGCUGCAGUCUCUGUGGCGGCGGCGGCUGGAGGUGCAGCCUCCCAGGUGGGAGGCGGGGGCUGCGGGCGCAGGAAAGGCGCCUUGGGAGCGGGCGCUCGGCCGGGCCUCCUCGGGCCCCGGGCGCGGCGCGGCGAGUGGGAGCGAGCGUGCCAAGAGCACGCAGGCGCCCUGCUCCGGCUGGCCCUCGGCCGGCGCGCGGCGCGGAAGCAGCCUGCUGCCCGACCCCCGCACCCCCCGCAGCCCCCGCGCCGCCCGUGGCCGGCCGUCGGGAGCGGUCCCUGGGCAGCCGGCGCAGGCCACCGGCCGGGGAGAGCGCGCGGCGGCGGCGCCAGCGGCGGGACGGCCCCGAGCGCGUCCUCCCGCCUGCUGCCACUCGCAGCUGGCGCUGGCUGGGCCGGCGCGCCCCGCAGGCGGCCGGAGCGCGGCCUCGGCCUCGGCGGCAGCUAGCCCCCUGCCGUAGCCUGCGGGAAGCGGUGCGGGCGGCCGCGGGCACUGACGGCGUCGCGGGGCGCUCCCGGGCGGCGGCGCAGCGGCGGCGGCGCAGGGGGCGGAGGCAGGGGGCGCCCCCAGCCAGGAUGCUGCGGUUCCUGCGCCGGACCUUUGGCCGCCGCUCCAUGCAGCGCUACGCGCGGGGUGCGGCGGGGCGCGGGGCCGCCGGCUUGGGGGACGAGCGCGACGGGGGGCUGCGGGGGGGCCCGGCCGUCGCAGCCUCCUCGGCGCUGCCCGCCGCGCCUGGGGGCAGCGUGUUUCCCCCCGGCGGCGGGCCCCUGCUUACGGGCGGCGCGGCAGUGCACAUCUCCGCCGCCGGCGCAGCCAAGGCCACCCUCUACUGUCGCGUCUUCCUGCUCGACGGGACCGAAGUGAGCGUGGACCUGCCGAAAUAUGCCAAAGGCCAAGAUUUGUUCGAUCAGAUUGUAUACCACUUGGACCUCGUGGAGACAGAUUACUUUGGCCUCCAGUUCCUCGACUCUGCCCAGGUCGCGCACUGGCUGGAUCAUUCCAAACCCAUAAAAAAGCAGAUGAAAAUUGGACCUGCUUAUGCUUUGCACUUUCGAGUUAAAUACUAUUCUUCAGAACCGAACAACCUUCGUGAAGAGUUUACAAGGUACCUGUUUGUUUUACAACUCAGGCAUGACAUUCUUUCUGGAAAAUUGAAAUGCCCCUAUGAAACAGCUGUGGAGUUAGCCGCUCUUUGUCUGCAAGCGGAGCUUGGAGAGUGCGAGCUUCCAGAACACACACCAGAGCUCGUGUCUGAGUUUCGGUUCAUUCCAAAUCAGUCAGAAGCCAUGGAAUUUGACAUCUUCCAGAGGUGGAAAGAGUGCAGGGGAAAGAGCCCUGCCCAGGCGGAACUGUCCUAUCUGAAUAAAGCGAAGUGGCUGGAAAUGUAUGGGGUAGACAUGCACGUUGUCAGGGGAAGAGAUGGCUGUGAAUAUUCUCUUGGAUUGACGCCGACAGGCAUAUUAAUCUUUGAAGGAGCUAACAAAAUAGGCUUAUUCUUUUGGCCUAAAAUUACCAAAAUGGAUUUUAAAAAAAGCAAACUGACACUCGUGGUGGUCGAGGAUGAUGACCAGGGACGGGAGCAAGAACACACAUUCGUGUUCCGGCUGGACAGCGCCAGGACCUGCAAGCACCUGUGGAAGUGUGCGGUGGAGCACCACGCGUUCUUCCGGCUGCGGACGCCGGGAAACGGCAAGGCCAGCAGGUCCGACUUCAUCAGGCUGGGCUCUCGCUUCAGAUUCAGCGGGCGGACGGAAUAUCAAGCCACACACAGCUCCAGGUUACGAAGAACCAGCACCUUCGAGAGGAAGCCGAGUAAACGUUAUCCAUCCCGGAGACAUUCGACGUUCAAAGCAAGCAACCCAGUGAUAGCGGCUCAGCUCUGCUCUAAACCAAAUCCUGAAGUCCAUAAUUACCAGCCUCAGUAUCAUCCUAAUAUCCACCCCAGCCAGCCCCGAUGGCAUCCUCACUCUCCAAAUGUCAGCUACCCACUCCCUUCCCCAGUGCUCAGCACUUCGGACCGGCUGCCCUUUGGCAUGGAGGAAAAUGGGGGCACACCGUUCCCCCCAAAAGCUUCGGGAAGGCAUCACCACCAGCACCAGCACCAGCACCAGCACCACUCAAACUAUGGCCUGUCACUGACCCUGGAGAACAAAGAGGGACCUUUGAGGUCCCCGAACUCCAGCAGUAAGUCCCUAGCAAAACUGAGUCCAGGAACACCUGCCUUGUACAGUGAAGCUGCUGCCCAUCUAAAGAAGUUGGAACUGGAAACCGUGAAGGCUGCUGGCCCCUGGCCCUCUCUGCACAUCAACAUCAACAAGGCUGAAGAAAAGAAAGUCUCUGAGAAAACUCUUCAGACGCCACUUCUGCCUUCCCCUGUCGCAGAUCAUGUGAAGUGUAACAUUUUGAAAGCCCAGCUGGAGAAUGCUUCCCGCGUGAACGUCCAGGUUGGAAAAGAGGAAUCAACGUUUGUAAAUAUCAAUAAGAAAUCCAGUCUUCAGGAUGCUAAUGUAAGAAGUCCUAUUCCUAUACGUGUGGAAACUACACAACCAGCUGUGGAAAAACUGGAAAUCAAGCCUCCCCGAGUGAGGAAGUUGACAAGACAGUAUAGCUUUGAUGAAGAUGACCUCCCUCCAGACCUGGCAGAGGCAGUGGGAGUGACCACACCUACAACCACAAAUACCACAACGGCGGCCACACAAGUCUCAGUGCCACUGGCAUCCCCCAAGGUCCAGAAGGUCAGCUCACCCCAGUCAUCAGAAGGCAAAGGCCAGCUGUCCCCAGGGGCCAAGAGCCCCUCUGACCGAGGAGGCGCCUUUACCUUGGAGCCAGGUGAUCUUCUGAUGGAUUUCACAGAAGCCACUCCUCUGGCAGAGCCCGCCAGCAACCCCCACUGUGCCCACUCUCGCUGUUCUCCUCCACUCUCUCUCCCCAUGAAGGAAGAGACCACUGGAGUUUACAUGUACCCUCCAAUCAAAACGAGGCUGAUAAAAACAUUCCCAGCUGAUACAAUGAACCCGUUUCCUGAUACUUUUACCACAGGGCCACAGUUUACUGCAGACUUUCGAGACAGUAAAUUACAGUGCUGUCCUGGCCAGUCUUCCCCGCUGAUUCCAACAGCGACCCUGAGGCCUUUGACAGAGACCGUCUCCACAGUGCAGACCGUUUACACUACCCGGAAGCCUGUUUCUCUGGCAGCCAGUGCAGAGACACUGCGGCAGGAACUGGAGAGAGAGAAAAUGAUGAAAAGACUGUUGAUGACCGAACUGUGAAAUUCUCCCCUGUUGCCUGGAGGACGGCAUGGUGCCUUCUGUCCGUUUUCUUUCUUCGGGCUUCGUGUGCUCACUUUAGCACAACACACAAAUGUUGUGUGCUCGGUUUGCCCAGGUCUCCGUUGGUUCGUUGAAGCCAGCUUCUGGCUCGACUUUUAUGGGAAAAGUUAUUUUAGGUCUCCUGAGCAUUAGAGUUUUUCUACUACUCAAGGUAGUUGAGACAGGAUUUGGUAAAUCUAGGGGAAAAAAGGUGGGGAAACAGGGAUUCCUUUUUAGAAGUACCUGUGUGUAUCUGUUAACAACCACAAGGGGUAAAUAUAGCAUGGAAUCCUUUGCUAUCAAUCUCAACCAUGUGAUUUUGUAUGACUGAAACUUGCACCAAGCUUUGACUGUUUGCUAAAGAGUCAUUUUUAAUGAGAGAAUAAUUCUUUACUGCUGGUUUUUCCAUUUACAUUGAUAAAUACACAGAUCUUAUAAAGUCCUUAACAUUCAUUUUUAUUCAGACAUGAGGCGAUGAACUUAAAAAUAGAAAGUUCAUAUAUCAUCUCGACUGAAAGAACUUCAGUUUAACCUGAAAUAUAAUUUAACUAGUGAAUUUAUUGGCUACAAUAUUAUUUGGGAUAAAUAGAAUUUAUCACCAAACCCAAAGUAGAAAAUUAAACUUAAAUUGUCUAGAAAUCCUUACAAGGUUACAACAAUUCAUUAUCAACAAGAUUCAUUGGGGUGUUCCAUAAGGUAAAGUAUUUCUAAAGUUGAUCAAUUAAUAGCCUAUUGAUAGAACCUUGACCAGAAGAUACUUUGUUCUCUUUUUAUAUAGUUUCAAGAGGGUGUUUUUAAAUUUUUAUUAUGCACUUGAACAACUUUGCAGGAAUAAAGGAGCCCCCCUAACCACCACAAACUAUCCCUCUUAGUUAUUUCCCUAGCUUUCUCGAUAAAUAUGCACAUAUUUUUACAUAGCUACUGAUCAUUCUCUCUUGUUGUACUUGGACACCUGACACUUGUCUCCUCAAUACAAAUUCUACUCUCACCAAUUUAAAUGUCUUUUUGUCCAUGUAACAUGGUUAACCUCACUUCUCCGUGUUAUUAGAGAUUUGGGUUAUGUGUCAUUUUUCACUCUUAUAAAUAGUGCUGCUAUGAAUGUCUUUGUAAAAAAUGCUUCUUCCUUUGGAUUAUUCCCAUGGGAGUAUCUCCAAAGAGGGAUUACAAGGUCAAAGAGCAUGAAAUAUUUUAUAGCUCUUGUUUUAUAUUGCCAGAUUGCUUUCUAGAAAGAUCCAAUUUUGGGGUUGGAAAGACCUUAAAGGUCAUCUAGUUCAACUCCCGUUCCCCCCAAAUGCUUGAAUCCCCUCUACAAUUUAUGAUGCCACCAGCAAUGUAUGAGCAUUUCUAUUUACCAAUUGCUCUGCCAAUAUUGGGUUUUGCCAUUUUUAUUUAUUUUCACUAGUUUAAUAGGUGUGUAUAGUUGUUCUUGAAAAGUUGUUUUAUUUCAUUAAUUGCUAGAGAGGCUGAGCACUUUUCCAUGUGAUAAUUUACUAGCUGUAUUACCUUGUGUGUAAAAUGUCCAUACAUUUCUUAUGACCACUUGUUAAGAGGAAUCGAUCUCAUAUAUUUGUAUCAGAACUGUAUUUUUAUGUUAUAUUGUAUAGUUUGCUCUCCUGUCCCUAUCCUUAAAACUGAAUGGUGCCAAUAAUUUGAUACUAACGACUAUAAAAAAAAAGUGAUGCCUCAUUCAUGAGCAUUGUUGUAAAAUGAGGUAUGUAAGCAAAUAUUCGGAUAACUAAGUAUUAACCCUUUAAGUGCUGAAUCUUUAAAAUUUUAAUAUUUUUUUGAGGGAACUCUUUCUAAGCUGUAUUACGCACUUCCCUGCCUUAGUAAACAGAGUAUCCUGGAGAGUAUUUAACCUUUUCUUGAUGAGUCAUGGUCAUCAUUACAAACAUCAGCCCCUUUUGUACCUUGGUAUGGUGCAGUGAUGUCAUCAGGAACUGUCAAAAUGUGUUGGACUUGGCUUGGCCUUUUAUAGGAUAUUAUUCUCUUUUCCCUGAUGGUUUUUUACUGUUGCCUGCUCUCUACCAGUGGAGCUAUCUGGGGCAGUUGUGGAAUUGGGGGCCUUUUGCCCCCAUGUUCCCUGGCUAUACUUUUAAAACAGCUUUGUUGUUCCUUAUCUCCUGCACGUGAUAAAAAACGUGUUCCUAUACACUAUGGGGCUGUCCCCUCUCACCAGCCCAGCACCCUUUUCCUUGUCUAACCUGCUUUCUGAGGCUUCUGCUCCCCCACCUCCUGCUUUCUGAUGGAAACCUCCAGGCCAAAGCGGAAGUUUUCUCCAGGGAGCCAGGAAACCAAGUAUUUCAUGUGUCAGAUUUGCCUGGCUUCCAAGGAGGGGUGCAUGGGCUUUUUGGCCAAUGUUUCCUGGAGGCUCUGAGUCACCAGCUGCUUCCCCACUUCCCCGAGUUCACAGAUGAUUCUGAAGGUUGAUGUCAUUGGAAGUCUGACCACAAAGAAGUUGGCUGUGAUUGUAUUUGAAAACCCCGUACUUUUGGCAGCUCACCUCUAAGCAGUAAAAUCAAGAGGAUUCCAUGGU